AGAGGUACGACAAACAGAAAAUAGUGAAUUCAAGUUAGCUUAUAAAACUACAAUUCAGGUUUAAGGAAAUGAAGGCUGGGGAAAGUACUCAGCUUCAAAGGGUAAUAGGACAUUUCCAUGGGACGAUUUUGUUAUUCAGUAUCAUAAUAGGUGCAGGAAUAUUUAUUGCCCCGAAAGGGGUGUUAAAGUACUCUUCAGGCAAUAUGGGAGUCUGCCUGAGUAUUUGGGCUGCCUGUGCCAUAGUGUCAAUGAUGGCAGCUGUUAGUUAUGCAGAGCUGGGAACCACCUUCCCAAGAAGCGGAGCACAGUAUUAUUUCCUCAAGAGAUCUCUAGGCCCCAUAGUUGCUUUCUUCUACCUCUGGAUCAAUCUCUUCAGUACCCCUGCAGGAAUCGCUGCACGUGGAUUGUUACUGUCAGGGUAUAUAAUACAACCUUUCUACCCUGGUUGUUUUGUUCCUGAGAUGCCAAGAAAAUGUUUGGCAUUGGCCAUAUUGUGGUGUUUGGGGAUCCUGAAUGCACGAGGAGUCAAAGAUGUGGCUUGGUUUCAAACUGUCAGUACAGUUGUGAAAAUGACAGUGCUUGGCUUCAUUUCCAUAACUGGAAUUGUGCUGUUAGUGAGAGGAAGAAAAGGGAAUCUAGCCAGGUUAGAGAAAGCUUUCGAUGCUGAAAUUCCAGAUGCCUCACAGAUUGCAGAAGCCUUCUUGCAAGGAUUAUAUGCAUAUUCUGGCUGGGGAGUCCUUGUUCGAGUAGCAGGAGAAAUAAAACAUCCUAGUAAGAAUAUACCCAGAUGUGUGGUUACUGCACUUACCUUUGUGGCACUGAUGUACUUACUGGUUAACAUUUCUUACUUAGCAGUCCUGACUCCAAAGGAAAUCUUGUCCUCAGAUGCUGUUGCCGUCACUUGGAUGGAUAAAGUAAUCCCUUCCAUGCAAUGGGCCAUCUCACUUGGUGUUUCUGCCUCGAUAUUUAGCUCUCUCAGUUGUACUAUAUUUUCAACAUCAAGGUUAUGGUAUGCUGCAAGCCAGGAGGGUCAGCUACCUUGGAUCCUUUCAACUCUUAAUAUCCACUCUUGUCCAGUUGUAGCUACAAUUCAGAUGCUCAUCUUUGCUUCCAUUAUAGUUAUUCCCUCAGACUUAAUCCUCUUAAUAAAUUAUGUGGGAUUCACAGAGUGGAUUCAACUUGGAAUAAUGAUGGCAGGUUUACUGAAACUGAGACUUCAAGAGCCUAAUCUAGCCAGACCUUAUAAGGUGCACUUGUCAUUUAUUUUGGGAACAAUGGCCAUGUCUUUGUUCUUAGUUUUGACACCAAUCAUCAAGUCUCCUAAAAUGCACUAUGUCUAUGUUCUUCUUUUUAUCUUCAGUGGACUUUUGUUUUAUUUACCUUUUGUUCAUUUUAAUAUAGGAUUUACAUACUCCAAUAAGAUAACAUGCUUUUUACAAUUACUACUGAACGUUUCACCAGCCAGUGACAUUGAUGAAUAUAUUUCAACAGAGGGAACAUUACAGAAAAAGUCAUCUGAAAUUGCAACAAAUAAAAAAUAAAUUGUGGUUGGGGAGAUGGCUAUGCCUUAUAUACCUGGUGAGGCCUCAGGUCUGUAUUCCCUACAUCCUACAUGGUGGAGUGAGGCUCUGAUUAUUUUGUCUUUCUUAUUCUCACAUGAAUCAAGAAUGUUUGGCAAGGCAUCAGGCAGUGGCACACCAGUCAGAAUGCACACAUUUCAAUGUGCAAGAACCUAGGUUUAAGCCCCUAGACCCCACCUGUAGGGGAAGCUUCAUAAACUGUUAAGCAGUAUUGCAGGCCUCUCUCUCUCCUCCACUUCCUUUAUCCCCCUUUCCCUCUCAAUUUUUCUGUGUUUAUUGAAAAAUAAAUAAAAUUUAUUUAAAAUCUUU